GGUGCAAUCCUGAUUGGCGUAAAACUCUCUUCCUCACCUUUCAAAGAACACAUCAGGAAAACAAGAAACAUCUUUGGCUCGUUUUACAUUUUCGAGAGGACUUAUCGCAUUUGUUUCGUCAAGAACUGCGGCUUUUUACAUGGUCUGAGAAGGAGGUUCGUCCUUUUUAAAGAGUUCAGUUGGUGCCGCCUGUAGGACGAUCUAGACGGUUGGCAACGCUCACUUUAUACAAGCUCUUGAAACUGGAAAAGACUGGUAGAUUUCACACUUCAACUGAUACGUCGCUUAUAAGUACACAUUGAGACGUCUUUGCGGUAAAAUCAACCAAGCUCUGAUUGCGUUAACGGACAGCAAACAUCAGUAUUAACGAAUUCAAACAUCUGAAAGUGCUCGAUCUGCUCGCUGACUUCUUCCAUUUCACCCGAGAGCAGUCAUACACCUGCUAGAAAGGGAAACGUCACGAUGAAUUGAAUCGGCUAUCUUCGCUGCUCGUCGUAGUGGAUGAUUAGCCUGAUCAAGGAAUAACCUGUAAUGGGAGAUCAACGCCUGGAGCUACAUCUUUCAAGAAGUGCCUACGCAAUGGAUGAUACCACCAUGGAUGGAUCCACUGCAUCCUACGGAGACUUUUUCGGGGACACCAAUGACACCACAAACGAAACCAUCGCCGUCAAAACCACGGAAAUUGGGGCUGGCAUGGCACUGGCUGUUGUCACCUUGGCAACGGCGUUCGGCAAUAUCCUGGUGAUUGCGGCCGUGAUGUCGUGGAGGCGCCUGCGCGUGAAGAAGACGAGUUGGUUUAUUGUUUCAUUAGCUGUGUCCGAUGUCUCCGUCGCGUGUCUCGUCAUGUCUUGGAAUGCUGUCUCAUACACGAUCGGCUACUGGCCUUUCGGAUUCUUUUGUAGGGUCCAUACUGCAUUGGACAUCAUGAUAUCGACAGCGUCUAUUUUGAAUCUAUGUGUCAUAGCCGUGGAUCGGUACUGGGCCAUCACGAAGCCUUUCGAGUACCAAGAGAAAAUGACCAAACGAACCGCACUGAUCAUGAUUGCUGUCGCUUGGAUUCUUUCUUUCGUUCUUUCAUUCUUACCAGUAUUCAGUAACAUCCACACCGUACCGGGUAGUCAAAACUCGCUAGAGAUGGAUCCUCCGCAGUGCGUAUUUCUUCUCAACCCGUAUUACGCUGUGAUCAGCUCGUGCAUUAGUUUCUACAUCCCCUCCUCCAUCAUGAUCGCGAUUUAUGCACGGAUUUUUCGCGAGGCUCGGCGGCAGGAGAAGCUCAUUAGGACCCACAACACCCCGAUGGACUCCAAUCAACGCGGUGAGCACAAAGCUGCAAAAACUCUAGGCACCAUCCUGGGCGUAUUCAUCUGUUGUUGGUUGCCAUUCUUUGUAGUCAAUUGCAUACUUCCAUUCUGCCCUCAUUGCGUAAGCGAUAGUGUUUUCCAAACAGUUCUCUGGUUGGGCUGGAUAAACAGUAGCCUUAACCCGCUGAUCUACGCCACCAAUCGCGAAUUUCGAAACGCGUUCAAGCGGUUGAUGUGCCGUCAGAGAUUCCUGCGGGAAAGAACUCUCCAGUACAGUACAACAACCACCCUGCUGACUCACCUCGGCAAUGGUAAAAUAGACUCGAAUGAGAACGAGCAUCGGAAGAGCAAUCACCUGGAGACGGAUCUCAAAAGAGAGGAGGCCUGCAGGAGCGCUCCCCCUGCUCCACCUCCUGCUGAAGGCAGCGGUUCGGCAUCUCCUUCCAACCCCGGAACCCCGCGGGUGCUACGAGUGGUCUCCGACGCUGCUGUUGAAGACACCACAGGGUCAGAGAGGGACCCACUGAGGCAACAAGAUUAUCCUGAGCGGAAUGUUGGACAUAGACUAGCACAGUACAAAAGACUUGGUUCGGAGCAUCCAAAUACGUAAUGAUGGCUGCAUGAUAUCUAUCUUUUAACUUUGUGUUUUUAUACAUAAUUUAUAUCUCAUAAAUUAACUAUCAAAGACGUUUUAGUUUUUGUAAGCAACUAUGAAAAUGAAAAUGCUUCGUACAUGACUUUCAAGUGUUCGUUCAUCAAUGACAAAACAGUAUGUAAAUGCAGUUAGCGAAAUGUAAUUUUAUUGAAACCAAAUAUACACAGAGGGAUGGCUUGAUUGUUCUGUGACUUCGAGAGUAACUAUCGGAGCUCGCCAAAAGAUGCUGAUUAACAAAUACAAGAGACUUUGUUUCACUGUAGUAUUUUUGUGGCGUCAGCUGAUGACAUCGAAGAAUCUCACAGAUGUAUUUUUGAUACCAUUUUAUAUAUUUAUGUGAAAAUUGUAUAUUAUGCAAGCUAAUUUAUUGAAUGUAUUUCUCUCCUUCAGUAAAUACGAGCCCGAUUAUCCUGUGUAUAAAUAUGAAUGCCUCUAAAAGUUCAUGAGCUUGAAUAUUAAAGACCAAACUUUUUGCUCUCUUCCCUCUUUACACAGAGAAACGGGGUGUUCAAGUACGAGGUGCUAGUUCUUAAGUUGUUGUUAUUCGAUGCAAAUUGAAACCUGUUUCCACUUAUGUAUUCACAAUGAAAA